CACAACUUCGGUUCUUCCGAAUUUUUUGUGGUCUUUGUUGCUUUCACCAUAGUUCACUCUGCUCUGCACAUCUCACCUUCAAAAACUUUGUCACAGCCCCCGAACCCGUCAAUGGCAUCAUGUAACUUGAGAGCUUCUCAUAUUAGGACAUCGAACUUGUACUUGGGUAUAAUAAGGGCUCGUGAUCCGCAACGAUUUAACAAGGGAACAUGGACAUUUGGGAACCUACCAAAGUAUACAGGUUUAAUGAUGUUUGGACUUCUCAACAAAAAAUGGGUGUUAUGCUGUAGCCGAUCUCACUUUAGCCUAUAUGGUGCCAAAGAGUCCGUGUCAUCUAAUAUACAAAGUGGAUUUGUGCCAGAUCAAGAUGAGGUCAAAUCUCUGAUCACGGGAAUCUGUGAGACCGAUUCGGUAGCAGAGUUUGAGUUGAAAAUGGAUGAUUUUCACUUAUACUUGACGAGAGAUUUGGUUCGAAACAGUGAGGCACCGCCAUCAUCCUCCUUGCCCCCAGCAUCUCUUGAAUUUGCUACGAAUCCCGAGGAAACUGCUCAGAAUGGUGCGGUUCCAAAGGCAUGUUUAGCCAUCCCCAAACCAAUGCUUUCUCUAGAGAGAAAACCGAGUUUACUAGAGAGAGCUGCCAAUGAAGGCUUCGCGAUACUUCAAUCCCCCAAGGCAAGUGCCUCAACAUUACUCUCUUUUCCAGCUCCACGCCAUAUCGUCGGGUUUUUCAGAAGGUCUCGAACUAUAAAGGGUAAACGCGCUCCUCCUGCUUGUGAAGAGAACCAAAUAGUAAAGGAGGGGCAAGUGCUCUGCUAUAUCGACCAACUGGGUGGAGAGAUCCCGAUCGAGUCCGAUGUAACCGGGGAGAUCAUCGAAAUCCUACUGGAGGAUGGUGAACCCAUUGGUUACGAUGAUGCCCUCAUUAAGGUACUUCCUUCUUUUCCGGGAAUAAAGAAGUUACAGUAGACGGUUUUCUUCAUCUUCGGUCGCGUGUAAAUGGCAACACAACAAUUGUCAUUAUAAUUCAGCUGGGAUGAGUUUUAGUUAACCAUACUGCAUCCUGACAAGAUUCUCAAUAGACUCCUGCUGCUCUUGUAACAGUUUGGUUUGAAUUUUCUGUACGUUCCUCCUCUUCUACACAAUGUACAUGCUUUCUUCUGUGUAGCUCAACCGUAUUUGAUAUGAACAAA